ACGACAGGUAGAGAGGGUAUCGCCAUUAUUUCGUCUUUAAAGUUUCAUCUUGCCACGGGUAGCUCUUUCAUAUUUGUACAGCUAAAACGACUGCGUUCAAGUCAAGCUUUUAUUUAUUUCGUUCCUUUGUUCUAUGCCCGGCGCUGAUUGGCUAAUUUUCUGUCCUGAUCACUUGCUCCGCGCAUGGCUACUAAGGCGCUUGCGGAGUCAAGACUCGGUCUCUCAAGCCACAUGGCUGAAUGGUAAAGAAAAGCUGAAAAUUCACCGGAUAUUUCAGGUUGUUUGGCUUUAGGAGAACGUAGGAAACCUUCGCGGACGCAAUCUGAGACUAUCUGCUCUUCGUGUGUGGGGUUCAGGGUUGUUCGUCGGCUGAAGGUUGCCUUGUGGAAUAGUUUGAAAUACGUCGACGUAACAACACGUUAACUUCGUAUUAUGACUGAAGUCGAAAGCGUUUCUAAGACGAAACUCGAUAUCGUGGAGGAUGAAAAUCACGUUGCCAACAGUUGUGAACAUGUCAAAGAACACGUAGAAGUUCAAAACCAUACUGCUGAGGGAGAGGAAAACGGAAUUUUGAGCGAAAACACAUCACAGAAAGAAGUGAACCGCAGUGAUCCCGUUGAAGCACCUCCCCCGCCAAAAAAUCCUUGGACAAGGCACUUGAAAAGUAAUGGCGAGAAAGAAGAAGCAGCAAAACCAACCGUGGUAAAAGCCGCAAAGCGAAAGGGCAAGGGGAGCGAGUUUACAGAUAUAACCAACUGGCCGACUCCUGGGGAAUCUACAGCCUCCUCUAAGGACGGAAAGGCGACUGUUAUCAAGAAAGAAAAUGCCGAAAACGAACUUUCAGGUGAUGACGAGAACCAGAAAACAACGCCGAAGAAAAAAGGUGGUCGUCAAAAAUGGGUCCCUUUGAAUCUUGAAGGAGCUGAAGGUGCCACAGAAAAUUCUAGCAAUGACGCUGUGUCAGACAAAUCGCCAACAUCACCAGAAGCUGCCUCCCCGACAGCUGUCAACCCAAAGCCAGCUAAAUCGCCCACCAACAGGUUCAAUUCAGGUGGCACGCCUGGAAACAUAUCCCCUGUUAGGGGUGGUAGGGGUGGACGUGGAGGAAUGAGAGGUGGGCGUGGUGGUCGGGGACGACAGCGCUCACCAAGAGGAGAUGGUCAUCAACAGAUGCCAUACAACUCAGCCUACCGACAACAGUUUGGGUAUCAGAUGUAUAAUGGAACAACUUACUUUGCACAGCCACAGUAUGGUUCCAAUCAACCUUACAACACCAACUUUUACUACAAUUCUGGGAACUACAUGCCUGCCACAGCUGUAACUUUGGACAACGGCACCCUGAAAGAGUAUGUCAAGAACCAAAUAGAGUACUACUUCAGUGAACAGAAUCUUCAGAAAGACAUCUUCUUGAGACGCCAGAUGGACAGUGAAGGUUUUAUUCCUAUUGGACUGAUCGCAAGCUUCUAUAGAGUUCAAGCACUCACACAGGACUUUAACCUUAUCUUAGAGGCUCUAAAAGGCAGUGAAGCUGUAGAACUUGUUGAUGGUAAAAUAAGGAAGAAGGAUAACCCUGCCAUAUGGGCAAUUCCUCCAGACCAACCCAUCACAGUUGAGAACACUAUCGCGCAUGUUUAUGAACCCGUUUCUCCAGUGACACAACAGGCCACAACAGAAGUUGAGGUGACAGCUAAUAUGGAACUACCUAAACCAGAUAACAGGGUUGCCAACCUUGACAAUCCUAGUGAGAUAAUCAGGCAAGCACAGAAGGAACUGGUGUUCAAUAACUCGUCCAAUAAAGAAGAUCACCAGAAACGUACUGAACAGAAAGAAACCAAAAAGCAGGAUCCCGAAGCAUGGACCGAAGUGAAAAGAAGAAAACCGUCAUCAUCAAAAGCAGAUAACAAGGUGGCUGGUUUCUCUAACGACCAAGAAGAACUGGACUUUCAGUUUGAUGAAGAACUAGAACACCAAGGAAAACAGCCAACAAUUUGCUCUGCUGAUUGGUGAUGAUGAUUCAGAUGACGA